AUGCUCAAGCAGAAACAGAUCAAUCGAAUUGAGGUGAUCAUCGAUUAUCAAUUCCAAAACACCGAGAAAGCCUUUCUUUGGGAGGCUCUGCAGAUGACAACCCCGACCCAACCCUCUUUCGAUGGACGCUCCACCAAGGGAGGCAACAAGAAGUUUGCCAUCUUAGGAGACGCUGUCAUGGCUGUCGUGGUUGCUGAACACUGGUUCAGCAAGAAAGAUAGUCUCACGGCCAACUGGGCUCAGCUGCACAGUGCGAGACUGAGCAAUGACUAUCUCAAACAGGUGGCUUCCAAGCACAACCUUGUCAACUACACAGAACGACCUCCGAAUGGUUUUGGNGAAAAGUCAGCAGCGACUCUUCUUGAAGCAAUCAUCGGUGCUGUUUAUCUGGAUUCGAACCGCGAUAUGGAUGCCGUCAGGAGAGCCAUGAUCGCUCUUGGAUUCUCGGAAGUUUUGAACGAGCCAGACCACUCUACAAAGCUGCGAGACCUUGUACAGGAAAUUCGUGAGGAGCUUGAGCGCUGA